CGGCAGGAAAAGUGGAACUACCGCCAAUGGAUCCCGGCUUCGGCGUUCGCCCCGUGUUUCUCCAGGUUUCCUUCCUUCCAAGGUACUUGCCGCAAUCACACCUUACCUUUCAUACGUCGUUCGGCCAUCGGCCACUGUAUCCGUAGUUGCUUCUGACAUCAACAACUUUCUCCUCUUAUUGCUUCUAUCACGAAAGCAACCUUCAUCCUUUUUGCCCUCUUCUUUGGUUCAUCGCUUUUUGCAUAGCGUUUACUUCAUCUCGUUCUAAACUUGUAUAAUCAAUCACCAGUGGCAUCAUGGCAAAGCCACAGACCGCGAAUCUGCCCCUGAUACCACUCGCGCGAGGCACCAUCCUUCUCCCCGGCCUUGUCCAGCGAAUCCCAGUAUCUUCGAACCGUCCCGAUAUUCCUGCUCUGCUCGCCCACGUUUACGAGCAAGCUGCUACAAAAGGCCCUGAUACGCGUAUCGACAGUAUUCCCAUCGCCUGCGUUCCAAUUUCGUCUCCUCUUAUCAGUGGCAAUGGCCAGCGACUCAUUGGCGAUGCUGAGGAUAUAGACCCCGCUGAGAUCGAGAACGUCCUUCCCGGCUCUGCUAAAAAGACUGACCUGUUCACAUUUGGUGUUGCCGCCAAGAUCAUUGGCAUUGAUGGAAGAGGAACAGGCGAGUUUGCGCUGCGCGUCGAAGGCACAACCCGUGUCCGAAUUGACUCCUUCACCCGCGAACGCCCCUAUUUUGAAGCCAAGGUGACAUAUUUCCACGAAGACUGCAAUGCUACCGAUAAACAGACGCAAGACCUGUUUGCUCUCCUAAAAACCCGAUCUCGAGAACUCGUCACGAUCCUCAGGAUUUCCUCCUUGCUUCCUCGAACCCGCGAUGGCCCGGUUCUUUCACCAGUCCUUACAAGGCGACUUGAAAUGCUAAUCAUGAGGAAAGAGCUCAACGAGGCUGGUCUUCUUGCCGACUUUAUGGCUAAUUUGGUUGAGAGCACACAUGAGGAGAAACUCGAGGUCCUUGCAGCUCUAGAUGUCAAGGUGCGCCUGACCAAGGUCAUUGAGUUACUGGAGCGUCAGGUUGGCGGUAUCAAGAACAAUUUCAAGAUCACGACCUUCACCACUAUGCCCGUCCAGAUCUUGGAUCGAUUGAACGAAACCAAUCAAAACCGAAAGCCAGGCUCGCUACCACAAAUCCCUGGCAUGGCAUUUGUUCCGCCCAAUGGACAGAUGCCAGGUGGACAUGACCAAAACGAUGACCAGGAGGCCAAUGAGCUUGAUGAGCUGAAGCGCAAACUAUCCAACGCUAAACUUCCCGCUGAUGCUGCCAAGACAGUCGAUAGGGAGAUGAGACGUCUUCAGAAGAUGCAACCCAUGAACCAAGAAUAUCAAGUGACACGCAAUUGGCUCGAAACGUUGGCCGAAAUCCCCUGGACAGCCACCACGGAUGACCGCCUCGGCCCUGAUACUCUAAACCGGGCGAGGAAGCAGCUUGACGAUGACCAUUAUGGACUGGAUAAUGUCAAGAAGAGGCUUAUCGAAUAUCUAGCUGUCCUCAGGCUUAAGCAAUCGAUCAAUGAUGAGGUGGAAGAGAAGAUCAAGAAGGCACAAGAGGAAUUGGGACAGGCUGCCACAUCCAAUGAGAAAGAGAAGGGAACAGCCGAGGAAGGCUCAGAGAUUGAGGGAAGCGCAAAGCCUGAGAUGGCUAAGCUUGACAUCCUCAAGUCUCAGCGUAUGGUGGACAAGUCUCCUAUCAUGCUCCUCGCUGGUCCCCCUGGCGUAGGAAAGACCAGUCUCGCGCGAUCGGUGGCUACAGCUCUUGGCCGCAAAUUUCAUCGUAUCUCACUUGGGGGUGUGAGAGACGAGGCCGAGAUUCGGGGACAUCGAAGGACCUAUGUCGCGGCAAUGCCAGGUCUCAUUGUGCAGGGUCUCAGGAAAGUCGGCGUUGCCAACCCUGUUUUCCUACUUGAUGAGAUUGACAAGAUCGGGCAAGCCAGCAUUCAUGGAGAUCCUUCAGCUGCCAUGUUGGAAGUCCUAGACCCGGAGCAGAACUACAACUUUCAGGAUCACUAUGUUGGCAUGCCGAUUGAUCUCUCCAAGAUCCUUUUCAUUGCCACGGCUAACAGCCUGGACACUAUCCCCGCCCCUCUGCUUGACCGAAUGGAGACUAUCUAUAUCCCUGGCUACACAACACUCGAGAAGCGACACAUCGCUAUGCAGCACCUCGUCCCUAAGCAGAUCAGGGUCAACGGACUGGCCGAGUCUCAGGUUGCAUUCAACCAGGAAGUUGUUUCCAAAAUCAUCGAGUGCUACACUCGAGAAUCUGGGGUUCGCAACCUGGAGCGUGAAAUUGGCUCUGUUUGCCGUGCUAAAGCUGUCGAGUAUGCCGAAGCGAAGGAUGGGGGUCACAUAGAUGAUUACCGGUCCGAUCUCAGUGUAGAGGAUAUCGAGAACAUUCUAGGCAUUGAGAAGUUUGAAGAAGAGAUUGCUGAGAAGACGAGCCGCCCCGGUAUUGUGACGGGCUUGGUUGCUUAUAGUUCCGGUGGUAACGGAAGCAUCCUCUUCAUUGAGGUCGCUGAUAUGCCCGGCAAUGGGCGGGUUCAGCUCACAGGCAAACUCGGCGAUGUGCUGAAGGAAAGUGUUGAGGUUGCCUUGACCUGGGUCAAAGCACAUGCUUUCGAGCUAGGUCUCACUCCAGAGCCCACCACGGAUAUCAUGAAGGAGCGUAGCAUCCAUGUGCACUGUCCAUCGGGCGCUAUUCCCAAGGACGGUCCCAGCAGUGGUAUUGGCCAGGCCAUCGCACUCAUCUCCUUGUUCUCGGGGAAGCCGGUACCACCAACCAUGGCAAUGACGGGCGAGAUUUCUCUCCGGGGCAGAGUUACAGCCGUCGGAGGUAUCAAGGAGAAACUCAUCGGCGCCCUCCGAGCUGGCGUCAAGACUGUGUUACUUCCGGCCCAGAACCGCAAGGAUGUCAAAGAUCUUCCGCAGGAGGUCAAAGAUGGACUCGAGAUCCUUCACGUCAGGUAAGCUACCCCUUACUUAAAGCAAUCUCUUUGUAACACUCUCAACCCUGCUGCCUAUAUGCCCUGACGACAGGAUUAUGGUUUCACUGACACAUGUCUUGGAUAGCCAUAUCUGGGAGGCGAUUCGUCUUGUCUGGCCAGACUCGCAUUGGGCAGAGGACACUAACUACCGAGGCAUCGAGAGUCGACUCUAAUGCUAUGGACAAGUUGUGUCAGCUGUGCUAUCGCCCGUGAACAAUGUCUCGCCGGUAUACACCAACCUUCUCUGCAUCUUUGAAACGAUCCGUGGCGACUUAAUCGACCGCAUCGCAAGUCUGCCCUUCAAGACGGGUGUGGCCUAUCUAGCCUCACCAAGAUGGCCCAAACCAGCCCUCUUUGCGACGCAUCUAUCCGGUUCACCAAACAGCUCUUCGUCUCACAAAACCUCCUCUCCCGUGAUUCCACGUUGUCCUUGCCGGCGAUUCUAGCCAUCGCGCCCUUGCGCACACACAUACUUACUUCUAUUCGAGACAGCUAGAAGGGCCUGACUGUGGCGCCUACUGGAGUUGCAUGCCUUGCCCCAAGGCGAUGAUGCAUCAUGCACUUUCUUCUCAUAUAAAGUCAAAGCCUGUGCCAGACUGGAACGGUAGACGUAACGCCACAGGGAGCCAAGCGAGUCUGUGAAUUUUACCGUGCUACACCAAAACUGAAUCGGUCAGGGGGCGUAGAAUACGGCACCCGAUUUGAGAUUUGUCUUUUGGCUGAUCUGUUGCUAUCUUCCGAAAGUCAUUGUGGACGAUACUUGCAUAUGAGACAUCAGUACACCUUCGGCAGGCGAUUCCCGAGCUAGAGUGUCGAUUCCAACAAGCAGAACUUUGUCGUUUAUGAUCGGCGAAUGGAGUCUUCAAAUCGGCGUUCAUUGUCUCGGUUUACUUCCUCGUCUAGCAUCUCUCAACUCAGAUUCCAUGCCUACACUUAGUACAGUAGAUCCAGAUAUCUUUAGCGUGUCAAAAUCUUUCUCAACUUAUCCCUCGCUGUCUUGGUUUCACAUGUCUUAGCACAAGUUGCCAUGUCAAGAAGCUCCAACGAACCCAGAGCUUUGUAACCAUACCCAAGAUAUAUUUCGUGACAGAAUAGAGAUUUCAUUACCCCAAGGUCAACAAAAAUCUCAGUCCAAUUGAUGGCAACUAGUCUUAGAGAGACAAGCCGGCAGGUAGCUUAAAGCUCGGCUCCGAAUGUGAAGCAUUCGCCUAAUUAACAUGUAUGCAGCCAUCUCUCGCUAGCUGGCUCAUAGCUCAUCGCGGCAACUUUGGCACAUGGCUGCCCUAGCUGCCCUAGCUGCCCAAGCCCUCGGUGACUGAAGGGAGGGAGAGACAUCUAGAGAAGCAAGCCUUGACGCCACAUUCUCGAACUGACAGCAAGCUGAAGGGAGUCUGGUAGUCCAAAUUCAGAGGCACAAGGUCGACAUCUUGACACUAAAAGUGAGCUGAAUCUGGCGCUUCGUCAUUGUAAGCCCUGCUCCACUGUUGGCCAGGCAGCCGAUCGUCGAAACCAGUGCCGGCUGAAGCUAUCCCCAUAUUGCUGCUCUGUACUUGUUAGGCCA